AUGAACGCCGUCGAUGCGUCGUCGCAUGAGGAGAUCGCCGACACGGCCGAGGCUCCAUCUCUGCUGACCAUCAUCCUCGACACCAACCCACAUGCUUGGGGCCUGCUAUCGUCCACUCUCCCGCUCUCGACCUUGAUCGCAAACCUCCUCGUCUUCAUCAACGCUCACCUCGCCAUCAACAACUCCAACCAAGUCGCUGUAGUCGCCUCACAUUCAGAUAGCGCUCGCUUUCUCUAUCCGACCACCCAUGACGAUCUCAAAGUGCCACACGGCCACACCAACGACGUCCAGAAUGAUGCCAACAAGUACCGUCCCUUUGCACAAUUGGAGAAGGCCUUGACUACCAAUCUACGUGCCUUGCUCGCCACAACAACUCCCGAACACCUCAACGCCUCUACUUCUACAAUGCUGUCUGGCGCCCUCACUCUCGCCCUCACCUACAUCGCCAAAGCCACCUUGAACAACCCAGCAAGAGCAGGAGAUGGAAGUUACGAUGUCUCAAAUACUGCUGGUACAUUCACCACUACCACCGCAGACGGUACAACUCAGCCCAGUCACACUGGUCUACAAAGCCGCAUCUUGAUCCUCAGUGUCAGUGGUGAUAUUGCAGACCAAUACAUCCCCAUCAUGAACUCCAUGUUUGCUUGCCAACGCCUCGCCAUACCUAUCGAUAUCUUGACUCUGUCUGCCCACUCCAAUGCCGAGUUCUUGCAACAAGCUGCAGACGCCACAGGAGGUGUAUAUAUGGCUCUGGGUGAUCGCGUGGCCGGCCUGCUGCAGGUUCUCAUGAUGGGCUAUCUUCCAGACGCUACUGCACGGAAGAACCUCGUCAAUGCUGGCGAGAGCGAAGGUGUUGACUUUCGCGCUGCCUGCUUCUGCCAUCGCAACAUUGUCGACUUGGGUUAUCCGCCUCCGGACAACAACUGUCUGACCUGUGGUACAGCUUUGUCAUUAUCAGGUCAUGCUGCCAAACCAGUGGUAAUCCCUCGUAAGAAAAAGAAGAAGAGAAAGCUUGAUGGAGCUACGCCAGCAGACUCGCCCACUCCAGGUCCCGAUACACCGAGAUGA